AUGCUGCGCCGAACGCUCUCAUGCUGCAACAGACCAAAAGGCCCGCCAGGGCUGCGGCCUGGGAAGGAGUACCGUCUUACCGUUCCGUACCGCAGUGAGGUGACAAUGAUUCGCCAGGCUAACUUUAAGAAGUUCAACAGCAAUAUCCGCGAGCUCUUCAAGAAGCCGUUGGAGAUGAACAACAUCAAGGCCGUGCCACGUGACCUGGGUGAGCUUCCCCGAAACUACGUUUUGAAGCUGCUCUUCUUUCACCAGCCGAUUCGCCUGCUUGACUUGUGGGAGCUGUGCAAGCAGCACAACGAUGUUCCUCUCGACUCUGCACGGCACCUGCGCCUCGUGCUCAAGAUUGCGAAGCUGCAGAAGUGGGCGUAUGCAGAGAAGAAUCAGACAGACAACCUCUACUACUACUACGUGCACCAGAGUCGCAUUCAUGAGGUGCAGCAGAUGGUGCGGCACGACGAGGUUGUGAAACGGGCUCAGGAGGCUGAUUCGAAGAGGCAGAUAGUGCGCCAAGAGGAAGAGCGUCAGGCGCGUGAGGCGCAGAGCCUUGACGACCACAUCAUCGCACUGCAGAACACGCUAGUAAGCAACAUAGGCCACAUACGCGCCUUUGACCCCACCUUUGUGGACACUAAACCCUACGUCAUGGAGUCAGGGGCAGUGAACUGCGCGUGGCACUGGGAGGGAGCAGUCGAUGCGGCGACACAGGAAGCGUCUUCUCACGCUGAAAAGAACUCCAAACUGUGA